GUACAGCUGCACUAGCCAUAACAAGGGCCGGAGCGGUCAGCUGACGCUCACUGGGCCCGGGGCUGCUGUUGCCUGUGUCAUUACAUUGGUAGCUGCGGCCGAGGACACUACUGGGGCAGUUGAACCAGUGACUCUGAGAAGUGCGGAACGGCAGCUAGACAGUAAGAGGCCGGGUAGAGCACCAGUGACAAUCGCUAGACGCGUGCUGAAGACAGGAGUCAAGGACACACUCUGGCUAUGGGUUGGAAAGUACCUGUUUGUGUUGUGGUGAUGUUUGCCCUCACAGGUAUUGUGGGGCAACAGUUGAAUUUGGGAGAUGCUGCAAACUUUGCAGAGAACAUAGAAAGUCCUGACGAUGUGCCACAGAUAGCAGACUGGAAAGAACGAUGCCGUGCAACUGUUGGAGAGGAUGCUGUAAAUGAUAUAGAGGAGUCUGGCAGUAAUUUAGGAGACUGUGUUGGCCGUCAAAUCAACUGGAGCAAACUUCAAGUAGAAAUAAAUCGUAGCAUACCAAGGGGAGAGCUGGAUUUGGUCUUCAAGAAGUACUGUGGCCGUCGUGAUCGUCUCAUGGCUUGUGCUGAAGCUCUGUUUACCAAACUUGAAAGGUGUAUGAAUGAAAGAGAGCUGCGUGACCUGAACAUUACCAGGAAGGCCAUAGAUGCUGGAAUAGACUUUAUUUGCCAUAAUGAUGGAGACAAAAUUGCUUUGUUCAUGGCUGAGGAGGGAGAAGAAUGUAUAAACAGCCAGAAAGACAAAAUACAGUCUUGUAUUGAAGAAAAGGUACCUGAUCUUGAAGAGACGCAAAGUGACCCUUUGAGUAUUGGUAUUAAUGAUCUCGUAAUAAAUGAAGAAAACUGCAAAAAAGUAAAUGCUAUGCACCAAUGUGUAGUGAAGUACACUGAGCAAUGUGAAGACCCAACCCCAUCUAACAUCCUUGACUCGCUGAUCAUGCAAAUUUUGAAGGUGACGCCAUGUUGGCAGACCAGCAGUGCUCCAACCUUCAUGUCUCCCACUCAGUACCUCUUACCUCACUUGCUCACACUACUGGCUGCUGCACUCACUGCUGCUAAUAUACUUCUUUAAUAUUCUAUGGGUAAACUUCUCUGUAAACCAGUACAGAUGUACUUGAUUGCAGAGCGACAAAAGUUUGACAGUUGGUGGUCCUAAAGUGAAUGCAGCUAAUGGGACAGAUUGUGUUGCACACUCAAGGCUGAUCUCAUAAGUUUAAUUAUAAUCUAACAUUAGAUUAGAAGGAAAUGUUAGACUGGCCUCGGUCAUUUGAUGUUAUGUACAUUCCUCUGCUUUAAAUAGAUCUGUUUGAAUUGUAAAUAGGUACUCAAUAUUUUUAUAUUCCUAAAUAAGCAAUGUUUAGUUAUGCAUAGUAGGUUUUGUUUGACGUGUAGCCUUGAAAUAUCUGAAUUUUAAUAACUUUAAUGUUGAAGAUUCGCUUCAAUUUUUAAGUUUAAAUUUCCUGUAAUGUUAAUUAUACCAGCAUUUCAUUUGCUCUAUUCUCGUUAAAAUGUCUUUCAAAUUUAACUUUUCUGCAAUAUUUGUUGCCACCCAUUUUCAAAUCUCUACUCUAAUUUUGUUGUUGUUUACCCUAAAUGUUGAAAUUAUUCAAAAUGGAGUACUGUGACUUGUCACUUAACCAAAUUGGUUUUUAAAAUACAUUUUGUGCAAGAAUAUUAAAACUGUCAAUUUUCUAAAAUGUAUUACACUAAGGCUAUAGUUCAUAACAAUGUGCAUUAUACACAGCAAUUCAGUUGACUUGGACACAUUGUGGCUUAUUUUCCUAAAUUUGUAUUGGUAGAACAGUGCUAAAAAUGAAGUGUCUUUUUGUACAUGAAAGUUGUAGCCCUUGCAGGCAAAGAAAUUAAAAUAUAUAUAAUUUAAUUUCUUUGUCUAAAUUGCUACUAAAAGAUAGUUCAUGGUUUAAUGACUGUUCUUGUCUUGCUGUGCUAUAAGCAGUUUUGUACUUCACUGCUGUGAAUGAUUGUGAUUGGUAAUGCAAGAAGUGUAUAUUGACAUAGUGCAAUCUAUAGUGUGGUGUUAAGCUUUUAGUAAAGUCUUAUUAGUUGGUAA